AGUGUUGUAGACGAGUCAGAGUACAAUAAGUAUAUUAAAAGAGUCGAAGAUAUACGGUAUUGCAGAGAUUGCGAGAAAGAAAGAAUCAGCUAUGGGUGGUGCAAAGAUUGCCAAACAGAAUACCUGAAAAGAAACUUUGCAGAAUGGUCAAGCGGACAUGCAACAAUAGAUAAAUUGAUCCAGCAUACUCAAAUCAAUGCAACACAAACAUGCGAUUAUCUAGAAUGGAUCGAUUUUAAGGAAUUCGAAUUAGUUGAGUUUGUCGCUGAUGGAGGAUUUGGUACGGUUUAUAAAGGUGAGUGGCUAAGAGGACCUCGUUGGAAUUGGGACGAAAAUGAUCAGAUGUGGUGUCGUAGUGGUCCUAUGACCAUUGCACUAAAAAGACUCAAGGAUUCGCAAAAUAUUUCAUCGGAUUUCUUAAAGCAGGUGGAAACACAUUAUCGUUGUUUACAGAGCGGUUCUCUUGCCGAUUGUUUCGGUAUAACUCGUGAUGAGACUGGUGCAUACAUGUUCGUUAUGAGAUUUUAUGAGAAUGGAAACUUAUACCAGUAUCUGGAUAAGUCUAAUGGCGUUAUGAGCUGGAGAGAUAUGGUAGAUAUGCUUUGGGGUGUUGCAGGAGGACUUGAAAGAAUUCAUUCUGAGGGCCUUUUUCAUUCCAACCUUCACGGUGGUAAUUUACUUAUUGAAGACGAAUCCGUGUCUACGGACGCUCGUAUUGCUGACGUUGGACUUCACGGUCCAGCAAAUGAACCAAUAACCACGGAAGUACCUUCGAAACUGAAAACUUCUCCCAACGAAAACCCUACCUAG